UUACUAUUUUAUUAAUUCUGUUCAUCAUUUUCUUUUUUUUAAUUUCUUUCCUAUAAUACCCAUUUUUAUCCUUCCAUUUUUCCAGCUCAAAUCAUUUCCUUUCACUGUUCAUGGAUUCUUCCACUUUUGUUUCCUCCAUUGCCAUAACAACAACAAUCCGGGUUUCGUGAUUUGAUGAUGUUAUUGAUGAGACUUAAUUUGUGAGUUUGGGAGAGAGACCGUGAAGGUCCGAGUGGAAGUGCGAUUCUUUGUUUCAUGGGCAAUACCUGCCGUGGAUCUUUCAAAGGGAAUAUAUUUCAGGGCUACAGCCAGCCCGAGGACAGCUCAACCCCAAAUUCUAAGCGCAAUACCAACAGUUCUGCUGAUCAUUCCCCUUCCAGCAUCAAUUCUCACAAUCUAAUUUCUCAAGAGUUUGCUAAAGAAAACAAAACCAAAUCAAAGGAUAACGAUUGUAAUCCAACCUUCUUAAGCCCCACAAAGAAAGACUACACAAUGAGGAAAAGCGCCGAGAACCAAGCGUAUUAUGUUUUGGGUCAUAAGACUGCUAACAUUCGAGAUCUCUAUACGCUCGGUCGGAAGUUGGGACAAGGACAGUUUGGAACUACUUAUUUAUGCACUGAGAUUACUACUGGCAUUGAGUAUGCUUGUAAGUCUAUUUCCAAGAGGAAGUUGAUUGCGAAGGAGGAUGUCGAGGACGUUCGACGGGAGAUUCAGAUCAUGCACCAUUUGGCUGGUCAUAAGAAUAUUGUAACCAUCAAGGGUGCUUAUGAAGAUUCUUUGUAUGUUCAUAUUGUUAUGGAGCUUUGUAGUGGCGGUGAGUUGUUCGAUAGGAUCAUCCAGAGGGGACAUUACAGUGAGAGAAAAGCUGCAGAGUUAACCAGGAUUAUUGUUGGUGUUGUUGAGACUUGCCAUUCGCUUGGAGUCAUGCAUAGAGAUUUGAAGCCAGAAAAUUUCUUGUUGGUUAAUAAGGAUGAUGACUUCUCUCUUAAAGCUAUUGAUUUUGGCCUCUCUGUUUUCUUCAAACCAGGUCAAAUCUUCACUGAUGUUGUCGGAAGCCCAUAUUAUGUUGCUCCUGAGGUACUUCUCAAGCACUAUGGACCGGCAGCGGAUGUGUGGACUGCAGGGGUUAUAUUGUAUAUAUUGCUAAGUGGCGUGCCUCCAUUUUGGGCAGAAACUCAACAAGGAAUAUUUGAUGCGGUGCUUAAGGGACAUAUCGACUUCGACUCAGACCCUUGGCCCCUGAUAUCUGACAGUGCAAAGGAUCUAAUAAGAAAGAUGCUAUGUUCCCGACCAUCAGAUCGUUUGACUGCACAUGAAGUAUUAUGCCACCCUUGGAUUUGCGAAAAUGGAGUUGCUCCUGAUAGGGCUCUUGAUCCAGCUGUACUUUCUCGACUAAAACAAUUUUCUGCGAUGAAUAAGUUAAAGAAGAUGGCAUUACGAGUGAUUGCCGAAAGCCUUUCUGAAGAGGAGAUUGCUGGCCUAAGAGAAAUGUUUACAGCUAUGGAUACUGAUAAUAGUGGUGCAAUUACAUUUGAUGAGCUCAAAGCUGGUUUGAGAAGAUAUGGUUCGACCUUGAAAGAUAUUGAAAUACGUGACCUGAUGGAUGCGGCUGAUAUUGACAAUAGUGGAACUAUCGAUUAUGGAGAAUUUAUUGCUGCAACCAUUCAUCUCAACAAACUAGAGCGUGAAGAACACCUCGUCGCAGCAUUUCGAUACUUUGACAAAGAUGGAAGUGGUUACAUCACAGUUGAUGAGCUGCAGCAAGCUUGUGCAGAACAUAAUAUGACCGAUGUAUACCUUGAUGACAUAAUCAGAGAAGUCGAUCAAGAUAAUGACGGAAGGAUUGAUUAUAGCGAGUUCGUUGCCAUGAUGCAGAAAGGCAAUGCAGGAAUUGGAAGACGAACUAUGAGAAACAGUUUGAAUUUGAGCAUGAGAGAUGGACCCGGUGCUCUUUAGCUUCCGAACCACGUGCUUGAUGUACAGGUUGUACAGCAGAUAUAGAGCUGGGGAAUUGACACUUCCCGACACGAUUGAGCUCCUCUUUCUCCUAGCUUCUAGGAUCAUUGCCGAGGAUUUCUAUGGUGAAAACUCAGCUUGAACAUCUCUCUAAUAUUUCCUUCUUUAUCGCUGUAUAGCCAAAAGAUGAUGAUGUGGUUAGAAAUAUGAACUCUCCUGAGUGUGUGAAAGUGCAAGAGCUGUUUGAGUUGCUAGGUUCUCUUUUGCAUAACGUUUUCUAUUGGGGAUUAUUAUCUGUUUGUAUAGAUACUAUCUUCUACCUCUGGCUCAGAUUUCAUUCCAAUAUUGUAACUUUUCUCCAUUCCUAAUUCCAUCGAGUUGCCCGUUCCACGAAAUCAAUAGGCGAUGAUAGUUUUAUUUAUGUUCA